AUGGCGGCGCUGGAGGCGGCGAGGUCGUGGGCGGGCUCCGUCAUCCCGCCGGAGCUCGCCGCCGCCGCUGGGGGAGACCCGCUCGCCGCGCUGGCGGCCACCGCCGCGGCCCUCGUCGCGGGGCUGCUUAUCCUCGCCGUCUGGUUCCGAUCCGGAGGCGGGGCGCCGUCCAAACCGGUCGCCACGCCGGUACGGCCGCCGCCGGUGAAGGUGGACGCUGACGCCGACGUGGACGACGGCCGGAAGCGCGUCACCAUCUUCUUCGGCACGCAGACCGGCACCGCCGAGGGAUUCGCCAAGUCCAUGGCGGAGGAGGCGAGGGCGCGGUACGAGAAGGCCGUGUUCAAAGUGGUGGAUCUGGAUGACUAUGCUCAGGAGGACGAGGAAUACGAGGAGAAGCUGAAGAAGGAAACUGUGGUGCUGUUCUUCUUAGCAACAUAUGGGGACGGAGAGCCAACUGAUAACGCAGCAAGAUUCUACAAAUGGUUUACUGAGGGAAAAGAGAAGGAAGUUUGGCUGAAGGAUCUUAAAUAUGGUAUUUUUGGCCUUGGAAACAGGCAGUAUGAACAUUUUAAUAAGGUUGCAAAGGUGAUAGAUGAGCUACUAGAGGAGCAGGGUGGGAAACGUCUUGUUCCUGUUGGCCUUGGAGAUGAUGAUCAGUGCAUUGAGGAUGAUUUCACUGCAUGGAAAGAACUAGUGUGGCCAGAGUUAGAUCAAUUGCUCCGCGACGAGGAUGACACAACUGGUGCAUCGACUCCAUAUACUGCUGCUAUUCCUGAAUACAGAGUUAUUUUCAUUGAUAAAUCUGACCUGUCAUUCCAAGAUAGAUCAUGGACACUAGCCAACGGUACUGGUGUGAUUGAUAUUCAACACCCUUGCAGGGCUAAUGUUGCUGUUCGGAAGGAGCUGCACAAACCAGCUUCAGAUCGCUCUUGUAUCCAUCUUGAGUUCGACAUUUCUGGCACUGGUCUUCUGUAUGAAACCGGAGAUCAUGUUGGUGUAUAUGCAGAAAAUUCUGUUGAGACUGUGGAGGAGGCUGAAAGGCUACUUGACCUUUCUCCACAUACAUUCUUCUCCAUCCAUGCAGAUGCAGAAGAUGGAUCUCCUCGUAAAGGAGGAGGUUCCUUGGCCCCACCUUUCCCAUCUCCAUGUACCUUGCGGACUGCGCUUCUACGAUAUGCUGAUCUACUCAGUCCACCGAAGAAGGCUGCUUUGCUUGCUUUAGCUUCUCACGCAUCUGAUCCAGCUGAAGCUGAACGACUUAGAUUCUUGGCUUCUCCCGCUGGAAAGGAUGAGUAUUCUCAAUGGAUAACUGCUAGUCAGAGGAGCCUUAUUGAAGUUAUGGCUGCAUUCCCUUCAGCUAAGCCACCACUGGGAGUGUUUUUUGCAGCAAUAGCUCCUCGUCUGCAACCGCGAUACUACUCAAUUUCAUCAUCUCCAAAGAUGGCUCCCUCCAGAAUUCAUGUAACAUGUGCAUUAGUUUAUGGGCCUUCACCAACAGGAAGGAUCCACCAAGGAGUUUGUUCAACAUGGAUGAAGAAUACAAUUCCUCUGGAAUAUAGCAAAGAAUGCAGCUGGGCUCCCAUCUUUGUGAGGCAGUCAAAUUUCAAAUUACCUGCUGACCCGUCCACUCCGAUUAUCAUGAUUGGUCCUGGGACAGGGCUGGCUCCUUUUAGAGGCUUCUUGCAGGAAAGGUUAGCACUGAAACAAUCUGGAGCAGAACUGGGCACUUCGAUCCUUUUCUUUGGAUGCAGGAACCGUAACAUGGACUACAUAUAUGAAGAUGAGUUGCAAACUUUCUUUGAGGAGGGGGCGCUUUCUGAGCUAAUUGUUGCAUUCUCUCGGGAAGGGCCAACGAAAGAAUAUGUGCAGCAUAAGAUGGUGGAGAAGGCCACAGAAAUUUGGAACAUCAUCUCCCAUGGUGGUUACUUGUAUGUUUGCGGUGAUGCCAAGGGAAUGGCUAGAGAUGUACACAGAUUGCUUCAUACAAUAGUCCAAGAGCAGGGAUCUUUGGAUAGCUCCAAAACCGAGAGCUAUGUAAAGAGCCUGCAGAUGGAAUGCAGGUACCUACGUGAUUCGUCAGCUUUGGAAAUGAAGCAUGCCAUUGAUUAUAUACUGAUGAAAUGA